ACCGCCACCCUCCUCGGACGCGUUCUCCUUUCGUCGGGAGCCACGCGGAUCAGAAGGCAAAGCCAGCACCACCCACUAUCCAACCUGUGUUAUUGCUCUUACUAUUUUUCGUGCAUUAGAAAUGGCGGAACAAGCAAGUGAAGUUAAAUCACUGGAGCGCAUAUUAAGUGAUGCAAGUGCAGACCCAACCAGGCUAGCAUAUGGACUUAUAAAGUCUAUUACAAGUGACUUCUCUACAGAAAUUGGUCGUGGUGCGUUUGGAGUUGUUUACCUGGGAACUCUUCCAAAUGGGAUGGUUGCUGUGAAGAAGCUCUCCAUAUUGCAGGAUUUUUCUGAUGACCGAUUUCAUUGUGAGGUUGACUGUCUACUGAAGACAAAACACAACAAUAUAGUCAGAUUUCUAGGCUAUUGUGCAGACACACAAGGGGAGCUAGUUGAGCACAAAGGAAGAAAAAUUAUGGCGGAGGUACGACAAAGGUUUCUAUGCUUUGAGUAUGUUCCCAACAGAAGUCUUCGGCAUUAUCUUAAAGAAAAACCUCAGGGAAAUGAGUGGAAAACACGUUAUGGAAUGAUGAAGGGAAUUUGUCAGGGUCUGCAGUAUCUUCAUAAAGAACGAAUUAAUCAUUUGGACCUGAAACCUGAAAAUGUUCUACUGGGUGCUGGCAUGGAACCGAAAAUCACGGACUUUGGCUUGUCAAGAUGUUUUGAUGAAGACCAUUCACGAACUUUUGUUAAAUGCACUGCUGGGACAAGGGGAUAUAUUGCACCCGAAAUGAUAGAAAAAGGAGAAAUAUCAUUCAAGUCAGAUAUAUUCAGUUUGGGCGUCAUAUUCAUAAAUAUUUUAACCCGAAGUGAUAACAAUGGUGAUGACAAUUGGCAUAAUUCUGUAGAUGUGGAUGGCCCUGAAGUGGAGAUCUGCAUUGAGAUAGCUCGAACCUGUGUGGAGUUUGACCAACAUAAAAGACCUUCUAUAUAUGAGAUAAAUCAUAGAUUGAAUGAGAUGGAGAGUGUUCAAGAAGCAGCAAAUAACCAAAUGUCUUCCAUAGAUCAGAAGCUGCCUCCAUCAGUGUCGCCUUCUUGCAUAGACAACAAAGACUGUGAAAAGACCAAAAUGGAGUCAAGUAAACAGGGCGAGACAAGUUACGCCAGUGGCAUGGGUCAUCCAAGGGACGACGGCGGCCAAUGCCAGACAAGCAGCAAAGUUGCAAAGAUGGUGCCGCAGCCACAGCCACAGCAGAUGCAGGUAAACGGACUGAAUCCAGCUGACUCACGGAUGAGGGACGCUAAGUCCGUCAAGAUUGACCUCCUCGAGCACCCCAACGGUGGCAGCAAGGUGGAUGGCCAGUCCGGUCGCGAUGAUGGCCUCUACAACAACUUGCACGAUGGUCCGGAGAUGGCGAUGAAUGCGGUGGCAGUAGGCAUGCCGGCGCCGUGGUUUUACCAGGGCAGUCGCAGUGGCAGCAUGCCUGCCGGGGUGGAGAAUCUGCCGGCUGCCGGCGGCUCCAUGGCGCAGCAGGAGCAGGAGCGCAUAGCUCGCAUCCAGCACUUGAACCAAUUACAGUUAAAGGUGAUGAUGAUGAAGGGCGGCCACGGCGGGGCAGGUCACGUGCCUUCAUUGUCGUACCCGAUGAUGCCGCACAAUGAGUCAUCCCAGGUGAAGCAAACGCCGCCACGACUCAUGGUGGCCGUACCUGAAGUUCAGCCACCCCCCGAGGACGACUCCGAUGAUGACUUUUGGGACGACGAGUGGGACAGUGAUGACUUUGACGACGAAGAUCUCAGUGCUCGUGGCGGCGGCAACAAGAUCCCUCUGCCGAUCAGCAAGAACAACGACGCAAAAAGUGGCGGCAACGAGAUCCCUCCGCCAAUCAGCAAGAAUGAGAAGCAGAGUACUGCCAAAGAAAGUGGCGGCAACAGAAUCCCUCCGCCAAUCAGCAAGAACAGCCAAAAUGAAAUCCAUGGGCAGACGACCAAGAUCGCCACCCGAGGAGAACAUUCAACCGGAGGGAACCACCCGGGCAUCGUCACAAACCAUGACUCGAGGUGGCGAAUGCCGCAGCAGCAGCACAUGACGGGGAAUAUGCCGCCUAGCCAGAUGGGGGGUAAUGGGUGGGCGGGCGACAUGACCCGGCGGCCGCUCAAUGUGGGCAACGGAGGCUACCUGCCGCCCGUGCCGCAGGUUUCUGGGGCGGCCGAAAACUACAUGGCAUAUAUGCAGCUGCAGCACAUGGCAUAUAUGCAGCAGCAACAAUUGGCAUUUUACUAUCAGUCUUCCUUUUUGGUCCAGGAUGUCACUGCAAACACUAACCAGAGAAGCGCCUCCUCCUACCAGUACAGUUCACAUGGGUCUCCAGGAAAUGGCCGAGGUCUAGGGCCUGCCACUCAGGCCAGGACCACACCUACGAAGCUCCAAAGAAACUACGACGCAUGGUAG